CGCUUUCCCAUCAGCUCUAGACCUGGCUUGUCAAAGACUUUGGCUUAACGCGACGUUGUUGAAGGCUCACGUGUUAAUCUUUGCUCCUUGCAAGGGUACCGCGUUAUCGACUUUUUACAUCUGCUGCUGGUUGUUCCUUCUCAAGAGUUGUAGUGAUACUCAUCUGGAAUCCCGCGACCUGUGUUUAUUGCACGUCUCUCGCCUCCAUGAACCAGAAUCUAUAUCAUGGCGGCAACGUUCUCAUUUGGCCCUUUGACCUUGCAAGACUGCUAUCCGAGAAAGAAAUAUUAGAGAAUGGCCUUGCUAAUUGCGUCACCUAUUUGCAUGCGCUACGCAAAAAGCAAGCUCGAAACGAACGACGGCUGAUCAAGAACCCGUCACUACCGAAGAAGAAAAGGAAGAAGAUACAGCAGAGUAAACGCGAGCUUGAGCGUGAGAUUAAGCAUCGGGAGCAAGAUGAGCUCGCCUUUCUCAAUAAUUUGCAAGCCUGCAAAGCCAACAUUUACAUCGCCGAGACUCUAAAUAAUUCAUCGACAACCCUAUCAUCAGCCGUACUCGAACAGAAUUCGAGCUCGACAUAUCACUCGGUAGCUGAGGGAUCGGAGCCGACGGAGCCAAGUUGGAAUGGCUGGACUGACGAUGCCGCCAUCUCUCCGUUCCAAAUGCGAAGCAACAACCCCUUCUUUGCAGCUGAAAUUGCCCCAGAGGACAAUCCAGAGGAUAUCAAUAUCGAACCUAUAGUAGACAAAGCGAUUAAACGGCCCCCUCCUCUAGUCCGAUAUACCGAAGAUGAUGGCGCCGCGCUUCCUGUUCCACCCAACACGGCACAACCGCAAUAUCUAUACUCGACCUUGUGCCCGGAGGCUGCAGCGUUCGAACCUUGUUUAGCAUUUGCUGGUCAUACAAACCCUUUCCCUGAACAGUAUCUUGAUAAGCUUAGCAUCUCGCCAUCGUCGACUAUCAAUGGUAUGGAGCAUUUACAAAGGCGGCGAGUGACUGAUGCAGGCCUCAGCCAGAUAAUCCGACAACUGUCACUUCAACCACGACCGCAUCUCGCAGAUUCUCGUUGUCAUACAUGGUGCAAUACGACGCCUCAUCAAAGCCCAAACAAAGAUACAAGAAGUGGGGUGUUGGAAAGAGGCAGGACGAAUUCGCUCUGACUAUAGUAAGGCUGGAGCGUCAAGUCGAAGAGGGACAACAUGCUACCCGCAGACGCAGCUUGACCAGUUUCAAUCGCUUUCUCGGUUGACUAGAUGAUCAGUGCCAUCAUUUGGAGCGUUUUGCUAUAUCAAAAAGUCCUUUAGUUGACAGCGUGCAUUGGCUGUACGAACGGGACGAGACUGAAACAUACUUCUCAGAGGUAUUCAUUGUAUACCGAUUUAGGAACAC